UGCCGCUGGACAGUCAGAAACUUCGAUCGUCAUUCAUCUACUUCGUUCGGGAUUCGUGGACCUUCAUACUCAGUGUGGUUAUUUUAUACUCGCGAUUGCGUGUCAGAUGAUAUUUUCAACCGCGAGUUCUCGCGGUCUUCUCACGGGCAUAUUCUCAGCAGAACACGCGUCUCUCGUUCUGCCUACGGAAUGCCGUAGAUAAACAAGAAGAGCGAAAAAGAAUCUCAGUGUAAAAGCACGCGAUGGAAGAGUUGAAAGAUCGAACGCGAGUCAGCAUUUUUCAAGAUUGGAAUAACAGGAGAAAUGGGCAUCUCUUUGUGAAUUUAAGCAUUUUAAUCUGAAAAUUUUCGGAGUGAUUGAACUAUUCAAGAGAUCAACUAUACUUGAGAAUUUACUGAGGAAAACAUAUUUCAAAACUUAUUAUUGUUAGACAUGAACAAUUUCAAAUUGGAGAGACGUUAACUUUCGUUUUUAAUUAUAAUCAGUUGUGGAUUCAGUGAUAUAAGCGAUCUCGAAGCGGUUCUACAAAAAGAAUACAAGUGACUUUACUUGAAUUGGUCCAGCAAAAUAUAACUCAGUGAUAAUUAUAUCAUAUUACUGUUCUUUGUACGAUAACAGUGAUCACAUCAAAUAAUCAUGAGAGUGCGGUGGCAUUAAUUGGAAAAUCUUUUUUCGGGAAGUACUGUUAAAUAGACGAUUUUAUUCAAAGGAAUGGUAGCAGAGCGAAGAUCGAUCAUGAAUUUUCGUAUAGUUUGUUGGUUCAUUUUCUCUCUUGUCACAGCUUUCGUAAAUAGUUACGAAUACGUCAAUGCUGCUAACAAGUGGUCACUGUGCUUAGUCGAUAGUGUACAUACUACGCAAAGAAUUCUUUCACUCUGUCCGAAACUGGCUAAGAGUCCGGUAGAAUGUAUUAUAGAAACUGAUAGAUUUGGGUGUUUACGUCGAGUAGCCAAUGGUGAUGUCGACUUCACUGUGUUGGAGCCAGAAGAACUUGUGGCGAUAAGAAACUACAAAUUAUACAGUGUACUAGUCACGAAUGAAUUAAGACUCUUCUCAGAUGAUGACCAUCGUUUUAAGGUAGUGGCCAUAGCACACAAAAAUGUGCAACGUAUAUGGGAUGUCAAGGGAAAGCGAUUGUGUCAUCCCGGUUUAGAUACAGUCGAUGAUUGGACUAAAAUUUUCUCAAUGUAUUUUGAGAAUCUGAUAAUUAAAAAAGAAUGCGACGCAAACAUGACGCUGUUCGAGAACAGAAUGCAUGCUCUGUCCAACUACUUCGAAAUGGCUUGCAUCGCUGGCCCUUGGUCGGCAGACACAACAUUUGAUUAUCAAUUGAAAUCGAAAUAUAGGAAUCUCUGUGCCGCUUGCGAGAAGCCAGCUAGCUGUUACAACACCGACAAAUAUUAUGGACGAGAGGGUGCCCUGUUGUGUCUCACCGAUGGCAUAGGCGACGUUGCCUGGGUCAGAUUAGGAGAUGCUCGCGUACAUUUCAAGGCACAGAUGAUCGAUGUGCAAGAUUACAAAUUUUUAUGCCCAGACGGCACCACGAGACCGCUAAACUUUGAGGAACCCUGCAUCUGGAUAUCUAAACCAUGGCCGGUCAUUGUAGCAAGACCAUCGAAUGCUGAAAAUAUCGCCCAUAUGAUGAAUUCGAUGAUAAACAGAACGUUCAGUUGGGAAUCCAAUGUCUUACAGUUGAUGGAGAACUAUUACAUUACCUCUACUGACGUGAAAGAUUUGCAAACGCCCGAUGAUUACUUACAUCGAUAUCCAAACUUCUUGAGCGCUAAUGUUCGAACGGGUUGUCUACCAUCAAGAGACGUACGUUGGUGUCUAGUAUCCAAUCUCGAAAAGCGUAAGUGCAGCUGGCUAAGAGUCGCUUCUAUCGUUUACGGUGUAGAACCGUUGAUCUCCUGCUUUCAAGAAACUAGUAGAGAAGCAUGCGUAGAGGCCAUACGGGAAGGAAGAACGGACAUUUUUUUGGCGCGGCCUGAAGAGCUUCUCGAAAAUAAAAUGAUGGGUUUGAAGUCUAUUAUCCAUGCGAUGGCGCACAGCCGACAAGAGUUGAAUAGGAUUGCGGCGGUUGUCAAGAGGAAUUCCAAGUUCAGAGUUAUGAAGGAUCUUAAAGGUGCCAAGGCGGCCUUCACAGGCUACAGAAGCGUCGGUUGGAACGCUUUUGUAACAUUAAUGAGGAACGAGUCGAAUGGAAAUUGGGACUGUUCGGACGCGCAGGCUAUUUCAAAAUUCUUCAAAGAUAGCUGUGUCCUCGGAUGGAAUAAUAAAAAUAAUGGCAACGAGCUCCCAGUUAAUUUACAUUCGUUAUGCAAGGAAGGUGCGGAACAUGCUGGUGAUGAUCUAAGUACUUUUAAUUACUUGGCUUCCGGUGUUGUCGACGUUGCCUUCGUCAAUUUAAAAGUCAUAGAAAACAAAACGGAAGCGGGUGAUUUUUAUUACGAGAGAAUUGAUAAUAAGAAUAUAAAUCGUUUGCCUAAGUACAGAGUAUUAGGUCCGACUUUGGCGGAAGCUAUAAAAAGAGUUCCGUAUUUGCUCGCUUGGACGUCUCUCGGAUCGAUAAUGGCACACGAGAAUAUCACGAAUCUAAGACGCCAAGAAAUUUAUACGAUGCUACUUGAAAUGGAUAAGAUAUUUGGAAGAAAAUUCAAUGGACAAGCACCCACAUUCUUAUUAUACGGGCCUUACGAGGAUAAUCAUGGUGUUAUCUUUCCUGAUGGCACACGCUACUUACAGCUAUACGGUCAUCAAACAUUAAAGGGACGCAGUUACGAUGAAAUUAUAGAAGAGUUUGUGAAACAAGAAAUUUGCAAUGCUGCUAGUGCAUGGAUUUCUCGUCCAGAGAUUCUUUUCCCAUACAUGAUUAUAAUCUUCACUCUAAACAAAUUAUUGGAUUACUGUUGACGAUGGAUGGAUAGAUUAUGCUCUCUAUACAAUGUCAUAUAAAUAGGAUAGUUCAUUAUUGGUGACGUAAUAUAAUUUCGCAUAAAAAGAUAAAUUUUUUUAAGCAGUUUUACUUUCGAGAAAAUCAAAUUUGGAGCUUGAACAAUUAAAUAAUUAACAAAUUAAUUAAGUUUA